GGGACAAGUAGAAGGUGGUAGGAAGAUGUUUGUUAUGAGGAGUUGGAGAUAAUGGCUGCCACCCCCUGGAGACGCCUUCUACUGGCCAUGAGAGUCUUGUGUGAGGCCGGAGGGGGGGCCGGUGCGCCAUUGUCUGCCAGGAACAUGAUCCGGAGGGGGGGCGCUCAGAGCUGAUCGCCGUCAUGUCCAGUGAGGAGAAGACCCCCGAGUCCUGGCCCCCCCGGAUCCAGCUGAAGACCCCCCCAUAUACAUUCCCGGUCGGCCUGGAGUUCCCGCUCCCUCCUCCCCCCUCAGGUCGGAGGCUUCUAAUAAUGACCAUCGGAGCGGUGACCGCCCUGGCUAUCAGCGUCCUGGGGGUUCUGCUGGCCACCUACCUGGGGAGGGUCCACUGCAGCCAGAGAGACGCCCCCUCCUAUUUGCCCCCUCAGCUCAAUGUCCAGAAUGAGGCGUCCCUCCUGUUGGCGUUCAGUGAACUCAGCGACCAGGCAGCGGUGCCCGGAAUCACCUGUGACCUCAAAAACCACCUGAUGGUCUAUCACGGGCAGCCUGAGGGUUGUGUGGCCCAGAAGAUGGACGCCACCGAGAGCCUGCCCUCCUGCCAGGAGCUAGAGAUCUACUUCCAGGCUGUGCUGAGGAACAUCACCCUGGGGCUGUCGCUGGAUGUCCAAGUGGUGGGGGUGGGAUCUUUGGGGACCCUGGUCACCCUGCUGUGUAACAACAAGGCCACCUACCUGCUGAGCCCCCUGCCAGCUCCCAGCAGAGGGCGCCCCAGUCUCGCUGCCUGACGUUCCUCUACAGACGGAGACCACAGACCCCACAAGAUGGACCAGGCCUGAACCGGACUUCACCUCUACCUGUGAUUAUACCCCCGUCAUGUGACCCCUGGGGCAGAUCUGCUGUAGUAUAACUAGUCAUGAUGCCUAUACACACUGCAUAUCCCACUAUAUGGGGACCCUCCAUCAUAGGACCCCGUUCUCUGCACUCACAUUAUCAUGUGACCCGGGGGAUGGGCAGGUGAUUUGUGGCCCCCAUGCGGCACAGAUAACGUGGGUGCAGUGAACGCCGCUCCCCAUUGUACGUGACCCCCGAUCUGCCUCAGCACACAAGCAUCUUUAGUAUUGUUCAGAGACGCAGCCAAUCACACGUCAAGUCUGUGGCUCCGCCCCCAGCGCUCCACUUACCGCAUAGGACUGUUAAUAACAUCCAUAAUAAAUGAUUGC